AUGGCCGUAGCCUACAUCAAAUCAUUAGUCCAGCUCAACUUAGAAGCCGACGACGCCGCUUUUGACCACGCCAUUGAAAGCAAGGAGGACGAGGGCGUCGACGCGAGCGAAAGCUAUUUCAAGUUUGGGGAUGCGGCCCUGAAGCACAUUUUUGACGAUGCCACGACGUCGGGUGCCCUGUUCUUCUUCUGGGCGCCGCACCACGGCGACGAAAAUGCCGCAGAUGUGUUACAUUGCGCGGCGCCCACCAUGCCCCCGGCAGGGCACAACCGACGUAGUGUCCACUUCCUCAAGCUCGGAAAAGUCCCGAUGGAAGGUUCUCGUACGGAAUUGAUGGACGCUUUACAAUUUGGGGCGUGCACGGCCAACGUCCUGUCGGACGCGGCGGGCCUGCUCGGGGGCCUGUUCCUGCCGGCCUUUGAGGCUUCCCGGAGUGAUGAGUUAACUCCCGGUCAAAUAGCCUACCAGCGGAAUCUAGCAUCGUUCAAAAGUGUCUUGGAGCACGCGGCUCGCCAGAUCGGCGGCGACGUCUCUCUGGAAAUUCCCGAAGUAGAUGUGUCUCAGCCAUCUAUCUUGGAGGACCAGACGGCGUUGGGCGAAUUAGAGCAUGCUGUCGAGGGCUGGACUACCACUAUUCAACAAGUUGUGGAUCAGGAGGCCGCGAAAAGACCUAGUAGUUCAGGCCCGCUAGCCGAAGUCGAGUUCUGGCGAGAAAGACACCGAGCUUUGUCCGCUCUCUAUGAACAGCUCCAACUCCCGCGCGUCCAAGCUAUCUUACAAACGUUAAAGAGAGUGGACGCGCACGCGAUCAUCGGCUAUAGUACCUCAUAUGGAGAACUGCAAAAACUAGCGAUCGAAGCCAAAGACAACACGAAGUUCUUAGCGACGUUGGAACGGCACUUCAAGACCCUAUCCAGUGGCAGUUUCGCCUCCAUCCUAGAUACCUUACCUACGAUGCUCAACGCGGUCCGCAUGGUGUGGAUUAUAUCUAGACAUUAUAAUUCUGAUAGUCGUAUGGUGCCUCUGCUGGAGCGCAUCGCCCACAAGCUCGCCGAGAAGGUGAGCGAUGAAGUGAAUGUGGCGUCCGUGUUAUCUCUACCGCCGAAGGAAGCGCAACAAAUAAUCACGGAGGCCCGAGCCGUCUUACACGCCUGGGAGGCCACGUACAUGGCGACGAGGCAACGCAUUGAAGAAAGCGGUACCCAUGUAAGAUGGGAAUUUGACAGAAAGAGACUCUUCGAGCGUACUAGAUAUAUGGCGUUUGUACUAGGACAUCUAUACGACGUAGCUCAGGCGCGAUGCAGUGUCGAUACGCGGUCGCAGCGCACUUUUGAGAGAUAGAUCGAGGUCGUCUCCAUCAGAGAAGGCUUUGACGGGUCUCUUUUCCAUUUUUGAGCCGUUUCGGGGCGUAUCGCGUCGUCUCACGUACUUACCACACACAGGUCCUCGACCAGUUCGACCAGUUCCUCGGGCCCGAGCUGCGGGCCGUUACGGACGACACGACGCAGGUCGACAAGGUUGUCCAACGCGUCGAAGCUUUAAAGGAACCGCUGACGAGCAUUACGUACAAUGCGUAUGAUCGACGCUACGACGAGUCCUGGCAGAGUCUCAUGGAUGAAUUUAAUGCGGACGUCGCCUCCAUCGAGGAGCAAAGCAUCCACUUCAUUGACGACGCGUUUCAAAAGCUGCGAUCCGCGGAGAGCGCCUAUGAGCUCGUAGAAAAUUUUAAAAAGGUGGAAUCGAGGGACGUGAUCAACCGCCAGUUCACGACCUUAUAUGAUGAGGUCAUGGAGCAGUACAUGAAGGAGCUUUCGCAAAUUCACGCCUUGUUCGACGCGCACAAGGCCAGGCCGCUGAUCUACGAGAACUACCCUCCCGUGGCCGGGGCGAUCGCGUGGGCUAGAGACUUAUAUCAUAGGGCCAAGAAACCAAUUCUCAAGUUCAAGCAGCACGAGGGGCUGCUCGAGACGCCGGAAGGUUUAGACGCCAAACAAAAGUACUUGGUCUUCGCUCGGGCCGUCGACGCGUACAUCACGCAACUCUACGAGUCCUGGGAGAAGUCGACGUUAGAAGUAGCUACUGAGUUGUUAAAACAGCCUAUCCUAGCUGCUGUACAUUCAGUACCGGAAGAUACGCGGAAGAAAAAACCUCCGGGCAAGUUCCGCAUGCCCCCGCUCCCGUACAAGGUCAAUUUCGUACCCGAAUUAGCUUUAAUUAUCAAGGAGGCCAAGUACCUCGACCGGCUCGGCUUUACCAUACCCGAGACCGCACUGCAAAUAGCGCUCCAGGAGGACAAAUUUCACGGCUACGUCCGCGACUUGAGUCUGAAAUUGAGCCAGUACGACGCGUUGAUUUCCAGAAUAGCACCCGUCGAGUCCGAUUUACUCACAAGACAAGUCGCCAUCCUCCAACGGACGUUACGGUCCGGUUUUACGCCGCUAAAUUGGAACUCGCAGCGCGUCCCCGCGUUCAUCGAGGCCGUGCAAAAGGCUCUCAACGAGUUUUCCGGCGUUGUCAGUCAGAUCCAGAAGAGCGCGGCCAUGAUUGCGAAUGUGGUAGAUGCGAUUCAUUCUACCGUCUUAUUUCAGCCGGCGGAUCUCAAGAGAGACCCCCGCACGAAGCGACCGGUGUUGGUGGAUGUCGGCCAGUUCCACGAGACCGUGGAAGCGACGCGCACGGCUCGGUUGAACGAUCUCCAGCAGCAGUACAAGUCGAUCGAACCUCUGUUGAAGAAGGUCGAGGAGGUCGUCGCCUCGACGGCGACCAGCAGUUCACCGCUGCUCGCGAACUACUACCGGUACUGGGAGAAGCGGCUGUGCAACGCCAUUGUGGUCAUGGUGUCGACGUCGCUCGCGACGUUCCGAGAGAUGCUGACGCAUCCUGAUUGUGCACCUUUUUGUAGGGCCGCUUGUCUGUUGGGGGGAAGAGACGUCGUCGUCACACCCCCAGCGGCCGACGUCAACAAAUAUAUAACAAAAUGCAUCCGAGGACUCAGCGACGCGGCGAAGACGUUUCCGCGCUGGAAGCGCGGCACGUGUCUCGAAUGUCCGCCCGUCGACGUCGGCGAGGACGAGGAGCCUUUUGUGUUUUCCUACCACCAGGACGUCUCCAAGAACCCGCACGUUAUGAAGUUGAGAGACGACUUGACGAGUUACGUAAAGCGGCUCACGGACGAGUCAGGCGCAUUACAAAAAUACAAGGAGUCCUGGGAGGUCUAUGAUAGUUUGUGGGACGAGAAUAUGACAAGAGAACUAGAUAAGCUCACGGACGAGCCGCGCGGCGUCGUCUACUUCGACGCGAAACUCGAGACCUAUGCUGGUAUUGCGAAUGAUGCUCUAUCUAGAGAUCGAUGUACGGACGUGGACUUCCUGCGCAUCGACUGUGAUGACGUGAGUAAGGGCGUCGCCAAGCAAAGUCUGAGCUGGAGGGACCAGUACGGCAAGGUGCUGCGGGACGUCUCGUUCGAGAAGAUGACGCAACUCGUCGAUUCCUGGGAUGCCUGGAGGAGGGACAUCGACGGCACUACAUGUGAUAGUAUAGAGACGCUCAUGUUCGUUUUGAAUACGAUAGCCAAAGUGGUCGACGCGUCGAUGGACAUGGAGCUCCGGCGCGGACGCGGCGUCUGUAUUGAACUUCAACGUUGGGACGAGGGCGUCCGCGACGGUGUCCGUGCCGCGCAGGUACGCGGACGUGUCGGAGCGGUAUCGGACGCUGGAACGCCAUAGCGUAGCUAUUGAGGCACAUGAGUUACAACUAGCACAUAGUCUCGCAGAAAAAUGGAGGGAGCUGUACGUUUUUGCGCGGACAAAAGACUUGAGACUAGCCAAAGUGAAAGAAGACUUCCGCGCGGUCACGACGGAGCAGUCCGAAGCGUUUCAAGAGGAACUCAAGGAGCUGCGGACCCAGUUCUACGCCGAGGGCCCCAUCGCCGGGAAGGUGUCGCUCGAGGAGGGCGUCUUGCUCAUGGUCGACUACGCGGAAACUUUACAAAAGUGCGUCGCGAAGAAGGACGAGCUCGUGAACGCCGAGGACCUGUUCGGUGCGCAUCUCCGCGUGGUCUCUUCUUCGAGUUUGAGCUGUUUCGGAUGACGCGGUCGCCUCGACGCGAGCACUCCCGAGAGAGAGAGCGAGAGCAAUCUUCACGGGUCGCGGCGAUGGCGUAGGGCUCAUACGCCAUCGACGCGACUCGCCUCCAUCAGACGAGGCAUGGGGUGGUCUUUUCGUCGAGUUUGAGGCCGUUCGGACCGCGUUCGACGGGAGAUGCUCCGCGCAGGCAUGGAGAUGACGUCCUACCCCGUGCUCGUCGAGGUCCAGUCCGAGAUGGCGCGCAUGAAGGUCAUCUACGACCUUUAUAGUUCAUUCGAGAAGUUUAGGGAAGAUAUGAGCCUGACGGCGUGGGGCGAGCUUGACGUUGAAGUACUGAAGGAGGGCGCGCUCGCGGCGUCCCGUCAUGUCCAUGAGACUCGUGUCCAUCUCACGAUGGCGUGGGUGGUCUCUUUGUCGAGUUCGAGGCCGUUCUUGACGGAGAUGCUCCGCGCAGGCGUCGACCGGGCCGAGAAGGAGAUCAAGAAGCUUCCGAAAGAUCUCAAAGAAUUAUCUAAAUAUAAGGCCUACGAGCUCGUCGUCGUCAACUUCAAGGAGUCGCUGCCGGUCAUCGUGAACCUCAAGAACGACGCGGUCAAGCAGGUCCGUGACUCAGUGUUGAACUUGAACUUGAACUUGACGUGGGAGUCGACGCGUCGCGUGCGACAAUGUCCGUGCCACGCAGGCCCACUGGCAGCAGCUCGAGGAAUUAACUGGAGUAGCAAUAGGCGACGUCAAGACGAUAACCCUCGGAAAAAUCUUCAGCAUGGAGCUCAGCCAGUACGGCGAGGACGUCGACGAGAUCGUCGUCUGCGCUGACUCAGCGUCUUUUCUCACGCUUUCCGAACUUCAAGUUCGCGUCGCUGGCGUCUUCAUGAUCAUACGAGGGUCUACGCGUGACGGCGUCGGUGCCACGCAGGCGCGAUCAACGAGCUCAAAAUUGAAAAAGAAAUAUAUGCGAUCGAGAAGUGCUGGUCGACGACCGAGCUCGACGUCCGCGAGUACAAGAAGGACGGGCAGGUGCGGGGCCACGUGCUCGGCGCGGCCGAGGAGAUCAAUCUACAGUUGGAAGACCACCUCCUCAACCUCCAGACGAUGUCCGGGAGUCGGUUCGUGGGCCGGUACGCGCAGAAGGUGCGGACGUGGGAAAAAACACUCAAUAUGGUGGUAGAAACGCUCGACGUCUGGUACAACGUGCAGCGGAAGUGGAUGUAUUUGGAGUCGAUCUUCAUCGGUGCGGACUCCGUGUUGAAGUUGAACUUUUUGCGAGCGCCUCGUCACGAUCACACACGUGUGUCGUUCCCGCGCAGGCUCCGAAGAUAUAAGGAUGCAGCUCCCGGAGGAGGCCAAGAAAUUCGACAAGAUCAACAAGGAAUUUAAGACCAUCAUGAAGACGACGCACGAGUCGCCCGUCGUCGUCCGCGCGGCGACGGAGAAGGAAUUUGAUGCUCUCACUGAAAUGGGCGACCGCCUCGACAGGUGCCAGAAGUCGCUGACGGAUUAUUUAGAUACGAAACGAAACGCCUUCUCGCGCUUCUACUUCAUCUCCGACGACGAGCUACUCAGUGUGCUCGGGUCGAGCGACCCCACGUCGAUCCAGGUCCACAUGCUGAAGCUCUUCGACAACGUCAAGGAACUGAAAUUCGGGUGCUGACUCAGUGUAGAUUUUGAACUUGAACUUGACGUGGUCGUCUUCAUGAGACCGCACCGCCUCGACGCCGUCGACGCGGCCGUGUCGCGACGGCGUCGUUCCCACACAGGAGCGGCGCCGCGAAGAUCCAGGGCAUGGUCAGUAGCGAGAAGGAGGGCUUCGACCUCUGUACGAAGGACAUCACGCCGCCAGAAAAAGGCGCCAGUCCGGUAGACGGUCCCGUCGAGGAGUGGAUGACGCGCGUCGAGCAGGCCAUGAAAGAUAGCUUGAAAGUCAUCAGUAAGACGGGCAUCUUCAACUACGCGUCGUCUCCGCGUAGCGAGUGGAUUCUGGAUGCCGACGUCCUCGGGAUGGUCACGCUCGCCGGUCAGUGCUCAGCGUCUUCUACGGUGCCUUCACGCCAUCGGCGCGACUCGUGUCCAUCAGACGAGGUCGUGGGUGGUUUCUUGUUCGGUUUUGAGCCGCUUCGGACCGCGUCGAGCGACCGCGACGCCUCGAGACGACCCGGACGCCGUCGACGCGACCCGCACACACCUCCGACGCCGUCGAGACGUCAUGAUCAUGGUCACGAACGCAGGUUCUCUCGUGUGGUGGACCUGGGAGGUCGAGGACGCCUUUAGAGCGGUCAAGGAGGGCGACAAGCACGCCAUGAAAACUUUAGAAGCGAGACUAACGAAACAAUUGAACGAAUUGGUCGCGAUGGUGCGCCAGGACUUGAAUAAAAUAAACCGCAAAAAAGUGAACACUUUACUUAUAAUAGAUGUGCAUUCGCGGGACAUCGUCGAUUCGUUUAUAAGAGAGAGUAUCUUGAACGCGAAGGAGUUCGCCUGGGAGAGUCAGUUGCGCUUCUACUGGGAUAGAGAUGUGGACGACUGCGUGAUCAAGCAGUGCACGGGUUUUUUCCGGUACGGCUACGAGUACAUGGGCCUGAAUGGGCGCUUGGUCAUCACGCCGUUGACGGAUCGAUGCUACAUGACCAUCACGCAAGCAUUAACAUUUAAAUUGGGCGGUUCUCCCGCGGGACCGGCCGGGACCGGCAAGACGGAAACCGUAAAGGACCUCGCGAAAAGCUUGGCGCUGCCGUGCUUCGUCAUUAAUUGUGGAGAAGGUCUCGACUACAAGGCCAUGGGGAGCAUCUUCUCGGGCCUCGUCCAGGUCGGGGCGUGGGGCUGCUUCGACGAGUUCAACCGCAUCAACAUUGAAGUUUUAUCCGUGGUCUCUGCGCAGUUACGGUCCAUCCAGAACGCGUUGAUCUACGACAACCCGACGUGUGAUAUUGGCAAUGGAGAUAUAAGAGUAAAAAGGGUGGCGGGUUUUGCGACGUGCGGGUUUUUCAUCACGAUGAACCCGGGCUACGCGGGCCGAACCGAGCUCCCAGACAAUUUGAAAGCUUUAUUUAGGCCGGUCACGAUGAUCGUGCCCGAUUUGCAGAUGAUUUGCGAGAUCAUGCUCUUUUCUGAAGGAUUUGAGGGAGCAAAAGUGUUAGCUCGCAAAAUGACGGUCCUCUACAAGCUGUCGAAGGAGCAGCUCUCGAAGCAGUACCACUACGACUUUGGCCUUAGAUCUUUGAAGAGUGUCUUAGUGAUGGCUGGUGGAUUAAAAAGGCAAUACUCGGAUCUCAGAGAAGAUAUUGUUUUAAUGAGAGUUUUGAGAGAUUCGAACAUGCCGAAAUACGUCUUCGAGGACGUGCCGCUCUUCAAGGGCCUGAUCAAGGACCUCUUUCCGGGUUUAGAUGCUCCUAGGGUCGGCUACGAGGACCUGAAGAUUGAAGUCGCGGCGCAUCUGACGGCGAACGGCUACAAGUGUUCGGAUGAAUUAGUACAUAAGGAGCAGUGCGACAAGGUCAUCCAGAUGUACGAGACGAUGAUCGUGCGGUUUGUAUCGGCGUCCCGUUCAUUGGCAUGCGCCGUCUCCGGGAGAGGAAGUCGCGACGCGGUCCGAAUCGGCCCAAAUUUGGACCAGAGACCACCCACGUCAUCGUGAGAUGGCCACGACGCGCGUCGACCACCUCAAACCGCCGAUGCUCCGCGCAGGCAUACCACCAUGAUAGUAGGACCCACUGGAGGUGGGAAAACAGUAGUAUUGGACACCCUAAAAGCAGCUAGAUUGAAAGCGGAGGGCGUCGUCGUCAAGUACUACGUCAUCAACCCGAAAGCACAACCUUUGAACGAGCUCUACGGCGUCAUGGACCCGGUGACGCGCGACUGGACGGACGGCGUGCUCUCGAGACUGUUCCGCGAGCUCAACGAGCCCCUCCCGAAGGCGAAGGAGGGCAAGGAGAUGCGCUGGAUCAUCUACGACGGCGACGUCGACGCCGUCUGGGUCGAGAACAUGAAUAGCGUCAUGGACGACAACCGGCGCGAGGCCGCGUCUGCGCGCUACGCGGUCGCGGCGCCAUCGAUCGAGAUCGUGUCCAUCAGAGGAGGCCGUGGGUGGUCUCGUUUUCAUUUUUGAGCCACGCGCAGGCUGUUGACGCUGCCGAACGGCGAGCGCAUCCGCUUGCAGCCCCACUGCUGCAUGAUCUGCGAGACCUUCGACCUGCAGUACGCCAGUCCUGCCACCAUCUCGAGAUGUGGCAUGGUCUGGGCGGACCCGAAGAAUCUGGGGUACCGACUCAGUGUGAUUUCCUUCAAUUUCUCAACUUGAAGUUGCGUCGAUGGCGCCUUCAUGAGACCGCACCGCCUCGACGGCGUCGAUGCGGUCACGUUUCGUGACGGUGUCCGUGCCACGCAGGUACCGACCCUUCUUCGAGCGGUGGCUUAGAAAAAGAUGCGGCGACGGCGUGGACAUACCGGGCGAUAGGGAUGAGGAAGCGGAACAAUUACAGAGUUUAUUUGACCAGUACGUGCCGCCCUGUAUUGAUUAUGUCCAACUAGGACUCGUCGAUGGCGAAUUGGGAGCCAAGUUGAGGAUGGUCGUGCCCGUAACCAGCAUAGACAUGGUCAAGCAGUUAUGUACCGCACUGGACGCGUUUCUGGGACCGGUCUACGACGUCGCCGGUGACAGUCUGCCAGAUAUAAAUGAGCUCGAAAACGUCUUCGCGUUUUGUGUGACGUGGUCCGUCGGCGCGCCGUUGGUUGGUAGUAGCCAGGAGCAGUUCAACGACUUCGUGAAGAAGAUUAGCUCGAGUAAUCUGCCCGACGGCAUGCUCACCGAUUCUGUCUAUGACGCCUCCAGUAAAAGGUGGCAGACGUGGGAGUCGCGCGUCGAGCCGUACGUCGAACCGUCUCCCUUCAAGUUCUAUGAAGUGAUUGUGCCCACGACCGAUUCUACGAAAUUCUCCUACUUGUUGAGGGAACUCGGUCCCCGAAAACCCGUACUUUUUGUCGGCGCCUCGGGCACGGCAAAAACAACGAUCAUCAUGGACUACCUCGAAGGUUUGAGUGACGACACGGCCCGGAAGCUCACGAUCGGCUUCUCCAGUCGUACGUCGUCGAUGGACGUGCAGAAGAACCUCGAGGUGAAUGUUGAUAAAAGAACGGGCGCGACCUCGGCGUUUUGACUGGUAAAGGUGCCUUCACUUGGUUGCUGGGACUCGUAUCAUGUUGUGGAUCGUUUCUUUUUGGAUUUUGAGCUGUUUCGGACCGCGUCGAGACGCGACGGCCCCGACGCGGUCCGAGACGGCUCAAAAUCGACGAAAAGACCACCCACGGCCUGCUCUCCCCCCGACGCCGUCGACGCGACGCGCACGAAGAUCUCAGACGCCGCAACACACGAUGCCCCGCGCAGGCAACAUCUACGGGCCUCCAUUAGGAACGAAUUUGGUCGUCUUUAUCGAUGAUAUGAACAUGCCCAAGGUGCGAUCUCGGCGUCCCGCGGUGCCGCGGUGCCUUCACGCCAUCGACGCGACUCGUGUCCAUCAGACGAGGUCGUGGGUAGCUUCUUUUUUGAUUUUGAGUGAAUUCGGACCGAGUCGAGACUCCGCGAUGCUCCGCGCAGGUCGACACCUACGGCACGCAGCAACCGAUAACACUGUUACUCACUCUUAUCUCGCGGGGCUUCAUCUACGACCGCGAAAAGGACCUCACGCAAAAAGUACUUAGAGACAUGACGUACAUCGGCGCCAUGGGCCCGCCCGGAGGUGGGAGAAAUAAUGUCGACCCUAGAUUUGUGGCUUUAUUUAGUGUUUUUAAUCUGCCCGACCCUACGUCCGAAGUGUUAAAACACAUGUAUUCGUCGAUCAUCAACGAGCGGCUGCGCGACUUCGGUCCCUCCGUGAAAGACGCGGCCUCAAAAUUCCCCGACGCCAUGUUGGAAUUGUUUUCGUACAUUUUGGAGAGUUCGAUGCGGUGUAGUCAGCUUAUCUUCGCAUCGACGCGAUCCUCGCUUCGCGCCGCGUGAGAGCGGUCUCGCUGUCAUCACAAGAGAGUUGAAGCCCACCUUGAACUUUGCACACAGGCCUCCCGCCGACGCCCGCGAAGUUCCACUACAUCUUCAAUUUAAGGGAUUUAUCGCGGGUCACGGAGGGCGUCUGUCUCGCGACGCCCGAGGUGUUCGAGCGGUCGGAGCAGCUCGUGCGGUUGUUCCGGAACGAGGUGCAAAGGAUUUUUUGUGAUAGAUUAGUGUCAGACGAAGAUUUGGGGACCGUCGAGGGCAAACUGGCCGAGAUCAUCGGUUCGCAGUGGUCCGAGUGCCGCGACGACGCCCUGGUCGAUCCGAUUAUUUUUGGCGAUUUUGAGAGGGCUGUUGCUCGUUUAACGGAGGACGCGGAAGAUGCGCGCUUGUAUAAGGACAUGGGCGACUUUUCUUCCACCAGGAAGAUCAUGGAUGCUGUUUUAGAGGACUACAAUCUCAACAGAACUCCCCAGGCGUUAGUUUUAUUUGAGAUGGCCCUGUCGCAUCUCACGCGAGUGCAUCGCAUCAUCCGCUUACCGAGGGGUAACGCUUUGUUGGUCGGUGUCGGUGGCAGCGGUAAACAGUCCCUGACGAGACUAGCUACUUAUUGCGCCGGAUAUGAUAUCUUUUCUAUCCAGUUGAUGCGGGGCUACGGCGAAAUUGAAUUUAGAGAGGAUUUAAAGACGUUAUAUAAACUCUUGGGCACGAAAGAAGUGGUGUUCCUGUUCACGGACGCCCACGUGGCCCUCGAGGGUUUCCUGGAGUUCCUGAACAACAUGCUGACCACCGGCAUGGUCCCGGCGCUCUACGAGCAGGACGAGAUGGACGGCGGGGUUGCGGCGUCCUUUGACUCGUGUCCAUCGCACGAUGCCCUGGGUGGUUUUGUUUUUUAUUUUGAGGCCGUUCGGACCGCGUCGGAGAGAGCGCGGUCGCGGCGAUGGCGUCAACGCGACGCCACGCCACCGCGACGCCGUCGUCGUGAUCACAUGAGAGUCCCCGCGCGCAGGCCUCGCGAACUCCGUGCGAAAGCAGUGCAAGGCCGCGGGCGUCGUCGAUACCAGUGCGAACCUCUGGAAAUUUUAUGUGAACAAAUGUAGAAAUAAUCUGCAUUUAGUAUUAGCCAUGUCGCCGUCGGGCGACAAACUGCGACUACGCUGUAGAAGCUUCCCGGGCCUCAUUUCGAAUUGUGUCAUUGAUUGGUUCUUCCCGUGGCCGGAAGACGCGCUCUCGAAGGUCGCGGAGUUUUUUUUGGCGGAGGUGGACCUGCCGGAUCAGCAUCGCGCGAACAUCGUGCAGCAUCUCGUGUUUUCUCACACUCACGUCGUCGCGGAGGCGGCGCGCUUCGCGGAGACGCUGCGGAGGUACUACUACGUCACUCCAAAAAAUUAUCUGGACUACAUCCAGAACUACCACACGCAACUUUUGAAUAAUGAGAAGAAGGUGCGUAUCUCGGCGUUUUGAGGUGGUGCGGGGCCUUCACGCCGUCGACGCGACUCGUCUCGAGGAGGACGCGCGGUCGCCUCGACGCGAGCACUCCCGAGAGAGAGCGAGAGCAAUCUUCACGGGUCGCGGCGAUGGCGUAUGAGCCCGAGACAUGCGUUCACGUCGCGUCGACGGCGUACCGAGACACCGAUGCUCCGCGCAGGUCGGGAAUAGCGUGAAACGACUGGCCGGCGGUCUCAGCAAAUUAGUAGACGCCGCGAGGGACGUCGAUAGGAUGUCCAUCGAGCUCAAGGACGCCCAGGUCGUCGUAUCGGCCAAAACGGUCGAGGUCGAAGCCUUAAUCGAGCAGAUCACGGAAAAAACAACAAUUGCGAACAAGCGCGCUCGCGGCGUCCCGUCGCGUUGUGGUGGUUUCACUUCAUUCAUACGACUCGUGUCCAUCAGACGAGGUCGUGGGUAGUUUAUUUUUCGAGUUUGAGGCCGUUCGGACCGCGUCGGGGCUGUCGCGGCGCGUCGGAGAGACAGCUUUCAUGAAGAUGGCGUCUUCGAGACCGCGCCGCCGCGAUGGCGUCAGCGCGACGUCACGCCACCGCGACGCCGUCGCCGCGACCGCACGAGCGUCUACGGACCGCGUCGAGCGACCGCGAUGCUCCGCGCAGGCAAAAGGACGAGGCCGAGGUCAUGCAAGUUACUGCGAGCGAGCAGUCCGUCGUCAUAGCAAGGGAGAAAGGUAAAGCGGAUGCCGCUUUAGAGGAGGCGAUUCCCGCGCUCGAAAUGGCCGAGUCCGCCCUCGCGAACCUCCACAAGGAGGACAUCACCGAGGUUAAAAAUUUUGCAAAACCACCAGCAUUGGUGCAGGACGCGUGCUUGAUGGUGGUGUGCCUCCGACCCACAGGUGUCAAAUUGGACGAGACGUGGGCCGACGCGAAGAAGAUGCUCGCGGAUACGUCUUUACUAGAUAAACUCAAAAGAUACCCCAAAGAUAGCAUCACGGAGAAGAUGAUGAAGAGCGUGCGCAAGUACUUCAAAAAUCCGAAGAUGACCGUCGAGAACAUGAAGAGCGUCAGUAAAGCGGGUAUGGUGUCGGCGUCUUACUCGUGGCCACCAGACGAGGUCGUGGGUGGUUUCUUUUUCGAGUUUGAGCCGUUUCGAGGCGUUCCGCGGUCCCGAGGCUCGCACGAGACGAGUACACCCUCUGACGGCCACGGAAUGCCGCGUGACGACGUCGAGGCGUCGCGUCGAUGGCGUGGACGUGGACGGCACGCCAUCGAGGCGACGUCGCGCUCGCAUCGGCCAUUCGGACCGAGACCGCGAUGCCUCCGCGCAACUCCGAUCGUGACACGAUGGCGUCGCGGUGGAGCCGUCGCGUCGAUGGCGUCGAGAGCACUCCGACCCCGCCUGCACGCCGCAUCGACGCGUCGUCGCGCAGGCACGGGCCUCCUCGUCUGGGUCACCGCCAUCUCCAAGUACUUCGACGUGGCCAAGAACGUCGAGCCCUUGAAAGCGAAGGUGCGCGACAUGGAGAAGCAGCAGGCGAAGACGACUAAACUAUUAGCUGAUUUGAACGACCAGCUCGGCGUGUUGAGCAAGGAGCUGGGCGAGCUCGACACGAACUUCAAGGAGAAGAACGAGGAGCUCACGGGUCUGCAGACGCAGGCGGCGCUCAUGGAGAAACGAUUGGCGGCGGCGUCGAAGCUCAUCACGGGACUCACCGGGGAACGUACAAGGUGGACUUCUGAUAUAGGGGAUUUGAAUAAUAGUAAAGUGCAGCUCGUGGGCGACUGUUUACUGGCGGCCUCGUUCUUGUCGUACGCUGGAGCGUUCACGUCGGACUUUCGGGCGGGGAUGAUUUAUGAUACAUUUGCGAAGAAGGUGCGAUCUCGGCGUCCUUACGCCAUCGACGCGACUCGUGUUUAUCAGACGAGGUCGUGGGUGGUUUCUUUUUGGAUUUCGAGGCCGUUCGGACCGCGUCGAGCGACCGCGAUGCUCUGCGCAUGACGUGGUCGCCUCGACGCCGUCGACGUGGCCGCGAGAGAGUCUCGUGACGGCGUCGCGCCGCGCAGGUCGCGUCCCUGAACAUCCCCGUGACGGCCGCGUUCAACCUCGAGAGCUUCCUGAGCAGCGACGCCGUCAUCCAGGACUGGACGGCCAAGGGCCUGCCCGCCGACGAGCACUCCGUGCAGAACGGCAUCCUCACGACGGCCGCCAGUCGCUUCCCGUUGUGCAUCGACCCCCAACAACAAGCGGUCUCGUGGAUCAAGAACAUGUACGGCAAGGACCAGCUCAAGAUCAAAUCUUUAUCCGAGUCGGACUUCAUGAAGCAUCUCGAAUUAGCGAUCCAGUUCGGGGCGCCGUUCCUCUUCGAGAACGUGGACGAGGAGUUGGAUCCGAUGCUCGACCCGGUGCGCGCGCGGCGUCCUUUGUUGUGGGUCGUUUCUCUUUUGCUGAAGAGGCCGUUCGGACCGCGUCGGGGCCGUCGCGGCGCGGUCGCGUCGAUGGCGUCGUCACGAGACCGCGCCUUCAUGAAACCGUCGCCGUGAUCCCACGAGAGUCUACGGACCGUUUCCAGUGAAUACGACGCGCCGCGCAGGUCCUCGAGAAGAACACGUAUGUUGAAAGUGGUCAAAAAUUAAUAAAACUGGGAGACAAGUCCGUCGCGUGGGACGAUUCAUUUAGAUUGUUCUUCACUACCAAACUCGGCAACCCCCACUACAGCCCGGAGGUGAUGGCCAAGACGAUGCUCAUCAACUACAGCGUGACGCAGGUGCGUAGCUCCGCGUUUUGAACGGUGCCUUCGACUCGUCUCCAGGAAUGAGGGACGUGGGUGGUCUUCUUUUCGAGUUUGGGGCCGUUCGGACCGCGUGUCGUUCCGCGCAGGACGGCCUCGCGAACCAGCUCUUGAAUGUCGUCGUGGGCCACGAGCGCCCGGAUUUGGAGGAGCAAUUCAGUGAAUUGGUCGCCGACAUGAGCGCGAACGCGUUGAUGAUCGUCAAGCUCGAGGAUACGUUAUUGCACGAGCUGUCGGCGUCCGAGGGGAACAUCCUCGACAAUAGCGACUUGAUCGAGACGCUCAAUCAGACGAAAGAAACUUCUACGGCCAUCAAAGCGAAGGUGGAACAAGCGGAAUUUACGAAGGCCGAGAUUUCCAAAGCUAGAUUAGGUUAUACACCUGUGGCGAAGAGGGGUAGCAUUCUCUAUUUCGUGAUGGCGAGUCUCUCUACUAUUUCUUCCAUGUAUGAGACCUCUUUAGACUCAUUCUUAGGAGUCUUCAACAAGGCGCUGGACCAUGCCAAAAAAGAUGUGGUCCUCGACAAUCGCCUACGGAACAUGAGCGAGUCGGUAAUGAGAGAUGUAUAUGAUUAUACCUGUACGGGUAUUUUUGAGAGACAUAAAUUGAUGUUCGCCUUCCAGAUGACGUGCCAGGUCCGCUCGCCGCGUUUUGAGGUGUGGAGGCGCCUUCACUUUGUUGCUGGGACUCGUGUCCAUCGCACGAUGCCGGGGGUGGUCGCUUUGUCGAAUCUGAGAAGUUUCGGAUGACGCGGUCGCCUCGAUGCGAGUUCACGGGUCGCGGCGAUGGCGUAGGGCUCCUACGCCAUCGACGCGACUCGCCUUCGACGGGAGAUGCUCCGCGCAGGUCCAGGACGGCAACGGCGAGUUGAACCGGGGCGAACUCGACGCGUUCCUCAAGGGCGACACGGGCUUGGACGCGCCGCCGCGCGACUCUCCGGUCAGUUGGCUCGGCGCGUCCGGCUGGAAGGAUUUAUUAGCGUUGUGUGACAUGAAUGAUGGAUUUGACCAACUACGAAAGGACUUCGAGAAGAACAAAGACAAUUGGAAGGCCUGGUACGACCUGGAGGCUCCGGAAACUGUACCACUCCCAGAUGGUCAUUCGGAGAAAUUGACGCCCUUACAAAGGCUUUGUGUGAUGAGGUGUUUUAGGCCCGAUCGGGUCUACAACGCCGUGAAGACCUAUGUCAUGGGCGCUAUUGGUGAAAAAUACGUGCAGCCUCCGGUCUUGGAUUACGGCCGUAUUUUUGCGCAAAGUACAGAGAGGUCCCCGAUGGUCUUCAUCCUGUCGCCGGGCGCGGACCCGCAGGGAGAUAUACAACUUUUAUGUGAGGAGAGGGGCAUGAUGUCGAAGUUUCGAUUCAUCGCGCUCGGCCAGGGCCAGGGCCCGAAGGCCGAGCAUUUAAUUGAUCAGGGCACGAAGAGUGGCCACUGGGUGUUGCUCCAGAACUGCCACUUACUGGUAAGCUGGCUGAAGAUGUUGGAAAAGAAAAUGGAGCUGAUGAAGGCGCCGUGCGUAGCUCCGCGUCCCGUUUCACGCCGUCGCCGCGACUCGUCUCGAGGAGAGGAGGCGCUGGGUGGUCUCUUUUUCGAUUUUGGGGCCAUUCGGACCGAACCGCCGCGAUGGCGUCGACGCGGCCACAUGAGAGUCCACGCGUCUCGUGAGAGAGCUGUGACGCGUCGAUGGCGUCUCCGUGACGCCACCGAUGCGCUGCCACGCCGCCGCGACGCCGCCGCCGCGGCCGCACGUGCGUCCACACUCCGUACGCCAUCGCCGCGACUCACAACGUACAUACGCAGGCACAAGGACUUCCGGCUCUGGAUGACGACGGAGCCCACCGAGCGCUUCCCCAUGGGCAUUUUGCAGAAAAGUCUCAAGGUCGUGACCGAGCCCCCCGACGGGCUGAAGUUGAACAUGAGAGCUACUUUUGCGAAGAUCGACCAGAGUGUCUUGGAUGCCUGCCCGCAUGAUGCCUUUCGAGCGUGUUUAUUUACGUUGGCUUUUCUACAUGCGGUCGUGCAGGAACGUCGCAAGUACGGGAAGAUCGGUGCGUAUCUCCGCGUUUUGAGGCGUUGCGGGGCCUUCACGCCAUCGACGCGCGUCGUCUCGAGGAGAGGAGGUCGUGGGUGGUCUCUUUUUCGAGUUUGAGGCCGUUCGGACCGCGUCGGGGCCGUCGCGGCGCGUCAGAGAGAGCGCUUUCAUGAAGAUGGCGUGAGGUUGCUCGCACCGACGCGGUCGCCGCGAUGGCGUCGACGUGAUGCGUCGCCGCCGUCGACUCUCGAGAGUAGUUUCGCGACGCCGUCCGCGCCACGCAGGCUGGAACGUCGCCUACGACUUCAACGAGAGCGACUUCGUGAUUUCCAGGAAACUUGUUAGUCUCUACCUGACGAAAUCAUAUGAAGAUGAUGAUGAAUUUCUGCCCUGGGGUUCGCUGAAGUACCUGAUCGGCGACGCGAUGUACGGCGGAAGGGUCUCGGACAACAUGGACCGGCGCGUGCUCGUGACGUACCUGUCGGAAUACAUGGGCGACUUCCUCUUCGACACGUGCCAGAAGUUCUACUUCUCGCAAGCGGGCUUUGCCUACGAUCUGCCCGAGCCCGGGCCCCUCGAGAACUACCAACGACACAUCGAAAAGCUGCCUCUGACGAACUCUCCCGCGGUUUUUGGAUUGCAUCCCAACGCGGAGAUCGGCUUCUAUAGCAACGCCACCAAAAACAUGUGGGUCAAUUUGAUUUCUCUACAGCCUCGAAGUGUCGAUAGCGGCGGUGGCUUGUCGAGGGACGACAUCAUUGCCGGAACCGCGAAAGAUAUUGAAGGCAAGGUGCCCAUCGAAUCGUUAGAUAUCGGGUCGUACGACUUGAUGGUCGUUAGGUCGAAGCUCUUUGAGCGCAAUGGUGUUAAUACACCUACACCAGCUCAGGUGGUAUUACUACAAGAGCUCGAGCGCUGGAAUUUGUUAGUUAUUAAAAUGGCCGUGACGUUGGCGGACUUACAGCGGGCGUUUCGAGGAGAAAUAGGCAUGUCCGACGACUUGGACGCACUCGGUGGCAGUCUAUUCAACGGGUUCAUCCCCCAGAUGUGGAAGCGGCUCAUGCCCAAUACCCAAAAACCUUUAGGAAGUUGGAUGUCCCACUUUUUGGAGCGGUACACGCAGUACGACCUGUGGAUCGCCCACGGCGAGCCGAAGGUGAUCUGGCUGAGCGGUCUACAUAUACCUGAGUCGUGCGUCGCGGCGUCCCGGGGAUUUUCGUUGAUUCUUCACUUGACACCUCGAUCACGCGGAGACACGCCAUCGCCGCGGCGUCGUUCAAAUGACUGCGUCUGCGCGAUGGCGUGGCGAUUCCACGCCAUCGACGCGACGUCGUCCCCGUGACCGCGUCGGCUCGAUGGCUUGGAGGCUCACGAAACGUAACUCACUGGAUGAUUUCCACACAGGUAUCUGACGGCGUUGGUGCAGACUACUUGUAGGGCCCUGAACUGGCCCCUGGACAAGGCGACGUCGUCGACGAAGGUUACUGAAUACACUGAAAGCGCCAUGCCCCCCGCAAAGCUCGAGUGCGCCGCCCGCGUCAGAAAUGUCGUAAUACGCCAUCGACGUGGCUACGUGGAGAGUGACGAGCGGCUCCGUCGCACGCCAUCGACGCGACAUUCACCCGUCGCCGUCCACGCAGGCACGGCACGUACAUCAAGGGCCUGUACCUCGAGGGCGCGGGCUGGGACGCCGAAAGGAUGUGCCUGAAACGCCAGGAGCCGAAGGUCCUGGUCGUACCCUUGCCCAUCCUCGAGAUGAUCCCUUCGGGUGGUGCUGUCAAGUUGCAUGGGGUAUUCGUCACGCCCGUCUACGUGACGCAGGACCGGCGGAACGCCAUGGGCGUCGGUUUGGUCUUCGAGGCCAAUUUAGCCACGGACGAGCACACGUCGCUGUGGGUGCUCCAGGGCGUCGCCCUGUCGCUGAACACCGACGCAUGAUCUCCCCGCACCCCCUCGGGGGGGAAUUUGCUGCCUAAGAGCCGGUGUGUUUUA